AUGCGGAGCGAUAUAACCGGGCGACAGAGCAUCCACGCCUUGCCCUGCUCCGCAAAAUUCUCUCUGUUUGUUACUCCAUCAUGGGCCCAUGACUUAUUUUUGUUAUUUCAAAUCGUUGUUACUAACUCAAAUGCAUGGAGUGCCAUUGGUCAUUCGCUUGUGUCCGAAAUAGCUAUGACACGUUUAACUGAUUCCUCUAAGAUAUUUGUCAAAGAUCUUUUACCUUCGAAUGUAAACGGUAAUAUGAGCAUGGUGUCAUCAUGGGCCGAUUAUAUGCUUUAUACUGACACGAAUCCCGAUGGUUAUUUAAAUUGGAAUUGGUCAGGUGAGCAUCAUUACAUCAAUAUACCAGAUUACGUGUGUCAAUAUGUACCAAACAGAGAUUGCCUUGACAAUAAUUGUAUUGAUGGUGCAAUACAAAAUUAUACGAGAAGACUAGCUAAUACGAGUUUAGAUCAUGUCCAACGACAAGAAGCUUUGCAGUUUUUAGUUCAUUAUGUAGGCGAUGUUCAUCAGCCAUUACACGUGGCAUUUACAUCAGAUCGUGGCGGCAAUACAGUUAGAGGAAACUUUUUUAGCGUACGAACAAAUUUACAUUCGUUAUGGGAUACCCAUAUUUUACAAAGGCGUAUUGAUACAGAUUUUAAUCAAAGUGCUGCAAUUUAUUUUCAUUACUUAACGACAUUAAUAAGCUCUAAAUACGUAGAUAACAUCACCCAAUGGUUAACUUGUUACAACCAAACACUAUUCUCUGCUUGUUCAGCUUUAUGGGCUCAAGAAGACAUUGAUUUAGUUUGCAAAACGGUAUAUAUAGCUGAAGAUGCGCAUUUUAUGAAUAGUUCAUCAAAUUUUACACUUGGGUCAAAUUAUUAUUAUCGAACUUGGCCGAUAGUCGAAUAUAGACUGAUACAAGGUGGAAUAAGACUAGGUAAAAUGAUCAACUUAAUUGAAGAAUAUGGUAGAUAUACAGCAAAAGCCACAUUAUAUAACAGUCAACCAUUACUAAUCGUGAUCGUUACAGUCUGUGUACUACAUAUAAAACAACUAAUCAUAGUGUAA